GUACCUGGGGCUGCAGCGGGAACGCAGCUGGACGGAAGCUGGGCACCGCCUUCCAGCACCCCUGCCUGGCCAAGGGGAGACCUUAGCCCACAGGGCCACCGCCUCAGCAGGACAGCCCCCACCCCACAACCCCUGUGCCCCGAGCAUGGACAGGACACAGCUCUAGGCUCUGGCAGCUCCUGCAGAGGGAGGACCAGCAGCAAACACAGACAGGUGGACGGGGAGUCGCACACACAGCACGGAGCGGGACUUGGUAAUGGUGGCCCCAGCGGCAUGAGCCCAGGCGUAACCAGAACAGGACAAGAGAUGAGUAAUGUCUCAGGGAUCCUGGAGAUAGCCGGCGCCCCCCUGGUGUCAGCGACCUGGCCGCAGCCCAGCCCCCCACCGGCCGUGCCAGCUGGGCCGCAGAUGGACCACAUGGGGAACGGCUCCCAGGGGGCCCCCUGGCUCUUCCUCACCUCCGCGCUGGCCCAAGGCGUCUCGGGGAUCUUUGUGUGGACUGCCCUGGUGCUCACCUGCCACCAGAUCUACCUGCACCUGCGCUCCUACACCGUGCCACAGGAGCAGCGUUACAUCAUCCGCCUGCUCCUCAUCGUGCCCAUCUAUGCCUUUGACUCCUGGCUCAGCCUCCUCCUCCUGGGAGACCACCAGUACUACGUCUACUUUGACUCUGUGCGGGACUGCUACGAAGCCUUUGUCAUUUACAGCUUCCUGAGCCUGUGUUUCCAGUACCUGGGAGGCGAGGGCGCCAUCAUGGCUGAGAUUCGUGGCAAACCCAUCAAGUCCAGCUGCUUCUACGGCACCUGCUGCCUCCGGGGCAUGACCUACUCCAUCGGGUUCCUGCGCUUCUGCAAGCAGGCCACUCUGCAGUUCUGCCUGGUGAAGCCUGUCAUGGCCGUCACCACCAUCAUCCUCCAGGCAUUCGGCAAAUACCACGACGGGGACUUCAAUGUCCGCAGCGGCUACCUCUAUGUGACCCUCAUCUACAACGCCUCUGUCAGCCUCGCCCUCUAUGCCCUGUUCCUCUUCUACUUCACCACCAGGGAGCUCCUGCGGCCCUUCCAGCCCGUCCUCAAGUUCCUCACCAUCAAAGCCGUCAUCUUCCUGUCGUUCUGGCAAGGGCUGCUGCUGGCCGUCCUGGAGCGGUGCGGGGUCAUCCCAGAGGUGGAGACCAGCGGCGGGAACAGGCUGGGAGCCGGCACACUGGCCGCUGGCUACCAGAACUUCAUCAUCUGCGUGGAGAUGCUGUUCGCCUCCGUGGCCCUGCGCUAUGCCUUCCCCUGCCAGGUGUAUGCAGAGAAGGAGAACUCACCAGCCCCCCCGGCACCCAUGCAGAGCAUCUCCAGCGGCAUCAGGGAGACAGUGAGCCCCCAGGACAUCGUGCAGGACGCCAUCCACAACUUCUCCCCUGCCUACCAGCACUACACGCAGCAGGCCACCCACGAGGUGCCCAGGCCCGGCACCCACCCCGGCGGCGGCCCCGGCGGGAGCAGGAAGAGCCGGAGCCUGGAGAAGCGGAUGCUGAUCCCCUCGGAGGACCUGUAGUGGGGCCUGGGCUGCCGGUGCUGUAGGGACCCAGGCUGCCCAGGCCUCUGGGGAAGAACAGGGCCCCCCACCCACCAACUCCUGCCAAAGGUGGGGCCUCUCCUGAGAGCCCUCCUGUGAGGCCCUUGGAGCCCACUUCCCAUCCUCCCUCCAGCCCCGGGGUCAGGGCACCUCAUGGCCCUGCCAGGCACCCAGGUGGGCCCGCCACCCCAGGAGAGGGCACCUGAGUCCAUCAGAAGAGCCUGGGGACCCUCUGGGAUCACCUGGCCAUCAGCCCCAGGGGCCACUGUGGGGCGGAGAGUGAGUGUGGCUGUGGGACCUUGGCUGCACGGCCCCACGGGAGCUGUGAGUGGGUCAGACUCCCUGGCCCAGGAGACAGACAGCAGACAGACCCCAGGCUGGGCAGCUGGAGGGAGGGGCGCCGGGGCGCUGGGCAGCCGGGCUCUGACACAGUCCGCAGCUCCGGGCACCGCAGGCCAGCGGGCUCCACACAGGCUGGACAGGGCUGGGCCUCCUUGGAGCCUGCUGCAGCCGUCGUCGGCACGUGGAGAAGGGCCCACGUGUCUCCACACGCCAGCCACAGGGGAGCCCUGGCCAGGCGCCCACCCAGGGGAGCGUGUGCCUGGGAUGGGUCGCGGAACCACCAGGUGCCCGUGAGGCUUGCCAGCACCACGGGGCUGUGGAAAUCGCUCUUAUUUAUAUUUAAACACCUUGGAUUUUCUACUGGGUCUUGGCUUCUCUUCCCACAGGGCCUGAGCCUGAGGAGCAGGACGCAGUGGGGUUUGCAGGAGGCUGCUGCUCAGAGUCCGCAUUCUGCAUACGGGAAAGGGGUCCCACCUGUCUGGGGUGGGCAGCCUCAUGGUCCAGGGCAGUGCAGGGCAGAGCCUGGGCUGUGCGAUCACAGCCGCCACCUUUCUCCUGGGAGCCUCCACUUCCUCCAAAAUGGGCCUUGUGCCAGUCCCACCCGCGGCAAGCAGACAAGGCCACGAGGGCAGGGCCCUGAGUACCUGGGCGGGGGCACUCCCAGGGGGCACAGAGGGGGCUCCCGCCUGGGCACUUGCCUCCUCCCCUUCUCUUCUUCCUCCACGUGCCAGGUGGGGCCCUGGGUUUGAGGAGCCGAGCCUCAGACGCGUGCCCUGCCCUCAGGAAGCUGGAGGCGCCCAACUGGCCUUGGAAAUCCCGGCGGCGAGAACAGGAGCCGCCCAGGGACUAAGGGGGCUUCUGGGAGGCCACACGGCUGGCCCGGGGCGAGGGGUGUCACUGCAGGGCGCCCCCCAGGCCCACGGCCCGUCGGGACAGUACGGUGACCCAGCCUGCAGGACAGGGGAGAAGUUGGUUUCCGCCAAAUGCCCCCUCGGACCAGCCAAGGACGGAAACGGACACGCUCAGCGCUCACGCCAGAUGGGACAGCGACCGAGCCCAGAGAGAUGCAGCAAGUUGCCUGAGGUCACAGAGCAGGGACUUGGACGCCAGGGAGCCGGCUCCACAGAGGGCCUCUCUCCUCCCUGCCUCCUGACCCUCAGACACCUCCGCCCCACGGGUGAGGCUGCUGCUGCUUCUUUUCAACACGACUCGAAGGAAAGCCCCGAGGGCCGAGCCCGCUGUGCGUGGACGGAAGGCAGCAUGGGGUGGUCCAGGCCAGGGCUCAACCUGCCUCGAGAGGGAGCGUUGGCGCAUGUGAGCGGCAGGGACAGAGACCGGCGUGGUUCCGGUGUCAUCAUCGCUGCUGAAAAAGGGGCUUCCCGGUGACAGGCCCCGACAGAGGAGCGGGCUGCGAGGCAGGCAGGAGCCGCGUGUCUUGACCCAGUGCACCCGCCAAGCUCUGUAGCCUCACCUGGCUUCGGUGUCCUCAUCUGGGAGAUGGUCCAGCUGAAAAUGCCCAGCAUCCACAAGAAAGGAUGGAAGCCCUGGGGGCCCUGACCUGGCCCGGGUGCAGGCUGCUCGGCCGGGCGGGGCGGCAUCUCCUUUCACAGCUUCCCUGUCUGUCCACGGCCUCCAGGAGCCCCACACAGGGCCGGGGCUCUGUGCCCCCAACUCACACCCGUUGGCUCCCCCAGGAGGAGCAGGCUGGGCCCAGAGCUGCAGGGUGGGAUGCAGGGAGGUCUGACUUAGCUGCGGAAAAUGCCAUCCCUGCCAUUGCUAGUGACAAGCUCGGGCUGCCAUGGCCCCAGCACAGAUUCAACACUCACUGCGCCAUGCGCCGACAGAUUCAACCCUUAGUGCGCCAUGCGCCGGCUGCUGCACACUCACCUCCACACCCAAUUCACAGGAAGCAAGGCUGGGAGGGAGGGAACUGGCCCCAGGCCACACAGAUGCUGAGAGCUGGGAUUAUGACUGGGUGCAGUGGCUCACGCCUGUAAUUCCACCACUUGGGGAGGCCAAGGCGAGUGGAUUGCUUGAGCCCAGGAGUCUGAGACCAGCCUGGGCAACAUGGUAAAACCCCAUCUCUACAAAAAAAUACAAAAAUUAGCUGGGCGUGGUGGUGCGUGCCGGCGGUCCCAGCUACUCAGGAGGCCGAGAUCGGAGGAUUGCUUGAGCCUGGGAGGUCAAGGCUGCAGUGAGCUGUGAUCACGCCCCUGCACUCCAGCCUGGGUAAGAGAGCAAGAUCCUGUCUCAAAAAACUCGAGUUGGGAUUUCACCCUGCAUGGUCCAGCAUUGAACAGCGUUCACACCUCAGUCAGCUCAGCUCCAAAAACGGGGACAGGUACAAAAGCGGUCACAGCAGCAGGACGCACGGCAAUAAAUUAGGUGGUGGCCCCAGGGACGCGGCAGGGCGGCGGCGGC